CAGUUGAUAGCAAGAGUAACUGGGUACUUACUUUGUCUAUCAUGGGUCCAUUUAUGUACUUACUUAAGUAGAUCAAUCACAGGGUGUGUGUACUGGGUGAUUGAAUCUUGGGAAGUAGGGGUUUUGAGCUUUUUCCUUUUCUUUUCAAAGGGCCAAGCUUCUUGGCUUGGCUAGGGUUCCUUUUAUUCAAGUGUAUCAGUUGAAAAUUCAAUAAAAUUUUGAUUUUUUCUGAUUCCACAAUUGAAUCCCACCUCACUUGCUUCCCCUUACCUCUGUCUACAAGUCUUGCUAUGUUUGUAGCCAAGACAGCAACACAUCGGUGCUGCAACCUAGGCCAAAGAAAGAAAGGAGGAAAAGAAAGAAAUAGUAAAGGAGGAAGAUGGUUUGAAACUUUCUCUCCCAAAUUCAUCUCGAUCAAAAACUUCACCGAAAUGGCCGCCGACGACCUCAAGAAGCUCACUGUGCUUCUCUGCAUCGUCACCUCCCAGGCCGCCCUCAUAUUCACCUUCAGCUACGGUAAACGAACAAUCAUAAAUGUCCCACAAUAUAUAACCUUGAGUUUAUUUCGGUAAACAAAUCUUCGAUCUCUAAUAAUAAUAUUCUCUCCACUUGUUGUUUUUAGAGGCCUACCCUCUCUUCCUGGUAGCGACGACGACGACAGACGAUCUCUAGAUGUCGGCGGCACAGACGGCCCACUUCCAUGACGACACCAAGUACGUGGCGUUCUUUGCCUCAGGGUUCGUCGCCGACUUCCUCGGCCGGAGGUGGGCUCUCGUCAUCUCAGGAGUUGUCUCCUCUUUUGCCCUCCUCGCGACGUCGCUGGCGCCAUCCUGCGGAGUUCUGAUCUCCGGGAGGCUGGUUUCCCUGCUCGGAGCCGGGCUCGGGCUCCCCGUCGCGCCGGCUGUCCACAUCAGCACUUCUAAUACCUCAUUUAUCCACGUCAGUGUGAAGGAAUCUUUGUCCAAUUCUCUUUCCUCCUCCUCGGAAGAAAGGCUUUCUCAUUGGAAAAAGGGUAGUGCUUAGUGUUUUAUUAAUUUUUGGAAAAAAACUCAAAAAAGCGGUUAUAGGGCAACUAGCCAACCAAAUAAAUAGGUUCAACCGAUUUUGAUUUAAGCCUGGUUAUUAAUCAAUGACCCUCACUAAAUGUAGAAGGGUUAUAGGUAUAAUUUGCCCCUCUACUUUGCAAAGUUACCAAACAUGCCACUCUACAAUGUUUCACAUCAAUUUCGCCCUUAUACUAUAACAAAGUUAACAAAUCUACCCUUCCAUCCACUUUUCUGUCAGUUGACCGUUAUAUUGGGUCAAUUAGGACUGAAUCAAUUUAAUUGUAGUGUGUAAUUACCUAAAUGUCCUUCCUGAUGAAUAUCAAGCCUUAUCCGACGAUUGAUGGAUGUCGGCCAGAGAGCAGUAGACAGAAGGCGGGCAAGGAUGUGAGAGGCCCCGACAUUUUUUUCGUUAGAUGCGAAGAAUGGAAGAAGGAAGGGGAUUAAAAUAGAAAAUUCUAAUAUCUCAAGGCUGUCUGUCUCCCUUACGUUAUGGUAUAGAGGAAACAAUUCCCAUUCUUUGCCCCAAUCUACAUCUUUUGCAAUCAGGGAAGGGGUUCAUAUAUUUCAUGAUAAUAAGAAACCCAUCAUAGGGGAAAACCCACCAAUCACCGAAACAGAGAUUCGUGGCGGCAAUUGCCUUCUCCACAGCUUCUAGCGCAAGGCUCUAGGGCUUGAGGAGGUGGUUCGCAGUGAAUCGGCGGCGAAGUGUGUUUUGCUGCUGCCGCGGAGGAAGGCGAAGUGGGCAUUUAAGUAAUUUACACUCAGGUUAAAUUUAUUAAGCCAUAAUUGACCCAAGAUAAUGGUCAAUUGACACAAAAAUGGAUGGAAGGGUAGAUUAGAUAACUUUGUUAUAGUAUAAGGGCAAAAUUGAUGUGAAACGUUAUAGAGGGGCGUGUUUGAUAACUUUGCAAAGUAGAGGGGCAAAUUAUACCUAUAACCCAAUGUAGAACAUCCAACGACAGAAAAAGAAAGAAAGUUUGGCAUUACUGUCGUGCUAUGGAAAAACGGUUCCUACUUGCUUUCAUGGUCUUGGACCCGACAUAUCGGCCGAAAUAUGUAAGUUUAUUUUUUUAAUAGGUUAACAUAAAUUCAUAUUUGUGUUAGUUGUGUUUGAUUGAAUUUGUUUUUUUAUCUAUAGCAUCAUCAAUAUAGAGAUAGUUUCUAAGAUAUGAUCAUGAUUUGUGAAUAGGUUUCUCAAUGAUCAUAAAUAACCAAUACAAUUACGGAAAAUUU